CACGCGCGGCCGCAGCCCCGCCCCCCCGUUCCCCAGGCGCUCCGAGCCCGAGUCCGCGGGAAGAUGGCGGCGCCGCUCAUCCCCCUCUCCCAGCAGAUUCCCACUGGAAAUCCGUUAUAUGAAUCUUACUACAAGCAGGUCGACCCAGCUUACACAGGGAGAGUCGGGGCGAGCGAAGCUGCACUUUUUCUAAAGAAGUCUGGCCUUUCAGACAUCAUCCUUGGGAAGAUAUGGGACUUGGCCGACCCAGAAGGUAAAGGGUUCUUGGACAAACAGGGUUUCUAUGUUGCACUGAGACUGGUGGCCUGUGCACAGAGUGGCCACGAAGUUACCUUGAGCAAUCUGAACUUGAACAUGCCGCCGCCUAAGUUCCACGACACCAGCAGCCCUCUGAUGGUCACGCCGCCUUCUGCAGAGGCCCACUGGGCCGUGAGGGUGGAAGAAAAGGCAAAAUUUGAUGGGAUUUUUGAAAGCCUCUUACCCAUCAAUGGUUUGCUGUCUGGAGACAAAGUCAAGCCAGUCCUCAUGAACUCGAAACUACCUCUUGAUGUCCUGGGCAGGGUCUGGGACCUCAGUGACAUCGACAAGGACGGACACUUGGACCGGGACGAGUUCGCUGUGGCCAUGCACCUGGUGUACCGAGCCCUCGAGAAGGAGCCCGUGCCCUCCGUCCUGCCCCCGUCCCUCAUCCCGCUCUCCAAGAGAAAGAAGACUGUGUUCCCUGGUGCCGUCCCCGUCCUGCCUGCCAGCCCCCCACCCAAAGACAGCCUCCGCUCCACGCCGUCCCACGGCAGCGUCAGCAGCCUCAAUAGCACGGGCAGCUUGUCCCCCAAACACAGCAUCAAGCAAGCGCAGCCAGCAGCGAGCUGGGUGGUGCCAGCGGCAGACAAGAUGCGAUUCGACGAGAUAUUCCUGAAGACGGACUUGGACCUGGACGGCUACGUGAGUGGCCAGGAGGUGAAGGAAAUCUUCAUGCACUCGGGCCUCACCCAGAACCUUCUAGCACACAUAUGGGCCCUGGCCGAUACGAGGCAAACGGGGAAGUUAAGCAAAGACCAAUUCGCGUUAGCUAUGUAUUUCAUUCAGCAGAAGGUCAGUAAAGGCAUCGACCCUCCUCAAGUCCUCUCGCCGGACAUGGUGCCGCCCUCGGAGAGAGGCACUCCAGUCCCGGACAGUUCAAGUGCUCUUGGCUCAGGGGAGUUCACGGGCGUGAAGGAGCUGGAUGACAUCAGUCAGGAGAUCGCCCAGUUGCAAAGAGAGAAGUACUCACUGGAGCAAGACAUUAGAGAAAAGGAAGAGGCAAUCAGACAGAAAACCAAUGAAGUACAGGAAUUACAAAACGAUCUAGACCGGGAAACGAGCAGUUUGCAAGAGCUCGAAGCUCAGAAACAAGACGCUCAAGACCGCCUUGACGAAAUGGACCAGCAGAAGGCCAAGCUCCGAGACAUGCUGAGUGACGUCAGGCAGAAGUGCCAGGACGAGACCCAAAUGAUCUCAUCACUGAAAACACAAAUCCAGUCUCAGGAAUCCGACUUAAAGUCCCAGGAAGACGACCUGAACCGGGCCAAGUCCGAGCUGAGCCGGCUGCAGCAGGAGGAAACCCAGCUGGAGCAGAGCAUUCAGGCCGGGAAAGUCCAGCUGGAAACCAUCAUCAAGUCUCUGAAAUCCACGCAAGACGAGAUCAACCAGGCAAGAAGCAAGCUCUCCCAGCUGCACGAAAGCCGCCAGGAUGCCCACCGGAGCCUCGAGCAGUACGACCAGGCGCUGGACGGGGUCCAUGGCGCCAGCCUGACCGACCUGGCCGACCUGAGUGAAGGCGUCUCCCUGGCAGAGAGGGGCGGUUUUGGAGCCAUGGACGAUCCUUUCAAAAAUAAAGCCUUGUUAUUUAGCAACAACACACAGGAAUUGCAUCCGGACCCUUUCCAGGCAGAGGACCCCUUCAAGUCCGACCCAUUUAAAGGAGCUGACCCUUUCAAAGGCGACCCCUUCCAGAAUGACCCCUUUGCAGAACAGCAGACAGCUUCAGCAGAUCCGUUCGGAGGGGACCCUUUCAAAGAAAGCGACCCAUUCCGUGGCUCCGCCACUGACGACUUCUUCAAGAAACAGACGAAGAACGACCCUUUUACCUCAGACCCGUUCACGAAAAACCCUUCCCUACCCGCGAAGCUCGACCCCUUUGAGUCCAGCGAUCCCUUCUCCUCCUCCAGCGUCUCCUCAAAAGGAUCAGAUCCCUUUGGAACCUUAGACCCCUUCGGAAGUGGGUCCUUCAACAGUGCCGAGGGCUUUGCCGACUUCAGCCAGAUGUCCAAGCCCCCAACUUCUGGCCCUUUCACCUCCUCCUUGGGAGGGGCAGGAUUCUCAGAUGACCCCUUUAAAAGUAAACAGGACACUCCUGCUCUGCCUCCGAAGAAACCCGCUCCUCCACGGCCUAAGCCGCCCAGCGGUAAAAGCACACCUGUAAGCCAGCUCGGCGCUGCAGACUUUCCCGAACCCCCCGAUCCAUUCCAGCCACUCGGGGCUGACAGCGGCGACCCGUUCCAAAAUAAAAAGGGGUUUGGGGACCCGUUUAGUGGAAAAGAUCCAUUUGUCCCCUCCUCUUCAGCUAAACCUUCCAAGGCCUCUUCCUCGGGCUUUGCCGACUUCACCUCCUUUGGCAAUGAGGAGCAGCAGCUGGCGUGGGCCAAGCGGGAGAGCGAGAAGGCGGAGCAGGAGCGGCUGGCGCGGCUGCGGCGGCAGGAGCAGGAGGACCUGGAGCUGGCCAUCGCGCUCAGCAAGGCCGACAUGCCCGCCGCCUAGGCGGGCCGGGGGCGAGGGCGGGCCGGGCGCAGGCAGCGCGAGAGGUGGCGACGCGGAUGUCUAUAUACACACACGUACACACCCCCCCAGAGCCGUCCCCGUUCCACGCUGCGACGCGCCUCAGCCACCACGCGCCAAGGACUGGGCACCCCGCAGGGCUCCUUCCCGCGUGUAGACGCAGCUGCGGACAGAGGCUGGGAAAGGUCUCAUCUCCUGGGGAGUGUCCUGCGCAGGCCACCUCGGCCCAUCCCUCCACUGUGCCGUCCCCUGAGGGCUGAUCGAGUCCGGC